AUGAGAGCCGGGAUGGGCUCGACAAGUUGGGCUUAUGUCUUUGGCGAUCAGACAAGCGAGUUUGAUUCUGGACUUCGACGUCUCCUCCAGGCAAAAGGCAACACUUUCGUUACAUCCUUUCUAGAAAGAUGCUCCUUCGCUUUACGCCAUGAAGUAACCCAGCUUCCACCUUCUGACCGUCGCAAAUUUCCUCGUUUCACCAGUAUUACCAGCCUACUUUCGAGAUAUCGGGAGUCAGGACCAAACCCUGCUCUCGAAAGUGCAUUAACUAUCAUCUAUCAACUGGGAUCCUUUAUUAGUUAUUACGGAGAUGGCGGCCAGAUUUAUCCUGUAGGUUCGGAAAGCUAUGUGAUUGGGCUAUGCACUGGCCUGCUUGCAUCUGCAGCAAUAGCAUCAUCAAGAACCAUUGGAGAAUUGAUUCCUCUAGCUGUCGAAGCUGUCGUUGUUGCUCUUAGACUUGGGCUAUGCGCCUACAAAGUCCGUAACUACGUCGGCCAAUAUGAUGGUCGCUCUCAAAGCUGGUCUGCUGUAAUCUCAGGAGUGAGUGAGGAGAGAGCUCUUGCUCUCAUUACUGAAUUUGGCAAGAAAAAGGGUCUUUCGCCUUCAUCUCGACCUUAUGUCAGCGCUGUCAGCUAUAAUGGACUUACGAUUAGUGCACCUCCUCUGGUCCUUGAAGAACUUAUUGACUCUGAGUUAUCAAAGCACGCCAAGCCUCUCAGAGUAGCAGUUCAUGCACCCUUUCAUGCACCGCACCUUUAUGGGCAGGAAGAUGUGGAGUGGGCACUGAACACCACAAACCACGGCUCGUUCAAAGACUACUGUUCGCGCAUUCCUGUCUUAUCCAGUACCACUGGCUAUGAAAUUGCUGCAGAAAGCUUUGAGGACUUGCUCAGGGUUGCCGUCGAAGAGAUUCUUCUCAAGCAGCUUUGCUGGGAUAAAGUUCUUGAUGGCUAUUCAUCCAUUAUCAAGGGUUCAUCCGUCUCUACAUGUACAAUUUUCCCUGUCGCAACUUCGGCUUCUUCAGGGCUUGUGUCUGCAUUGAAGCGCGCUGGAAUCUCUGAAGUUCUUCUGGAAAAUACACUCAGUGAUUCUACCAAGCCUGGAAAGUUCCCAAGUACAACAGGCAGGACCGAACAAUCCAAAAUUGCCAUCAUCGGUCUCUCCGGAAGGUUCCCAGAUGCACCAAGUCCCGAGCAUUUCUGGGAUAUCCUCUACCAAGGCCUUGAUGUUCACAGAGAGGUACCUCCUGAUCGGUGGAACUGGAAGACGCACGUCGAUCUUACUGGCAAGAAGCGCAACACCAGUCAAGUGCCAUACGGUUGUUGGAUUCCUGAGCCAGGCCUUUUCGAUCCCAGAUUUUUCAAUAUGUCGCCAAGGGAAGCACUUCAGGCAGAUCCAGGUCAGCGGCUGGCACUAGUCACGGCGUAUGAAGCGUUAGAGAUGGCAGGUUUUGUUCCUGACUCCACGCCCUCUACGCAGAAGGACCGUGUUGGUAUCUUCUACGGCAUAACCAGUGAUGACUACCGUGAAAUUAAUAGUGGUCAAGACAUUGACACCUACUUUAUCCCUGGCGGUAAUCGUGCUUUCACUCCCGGACGAAUCAAUUAUCACUUCAAAUUUAGUGGGCCGAGUGUCAGCGUGGAUACUGCAUGCUCCUCUAGUUUGGCAGCAAUCCAUAUGGCUUGCAAUGCAUUGUGGAGGAACGACUGUGAUGCCGCCAUUGCUGGAGGCACGAAUAUCCUUACUAACCCCGACAACCACGCCGGUCUUGACCGAGGCCAUUUCCUUUCUCGCACGGGAAAUUGCAAUACCUUUGAUGACGCAGCCGACGGUUAUUGCCGUGCGGAUGGUGUAGGCACUGUUGUUCUCAAAAGACUCGAAGAUGCGAUUGCAGACAAUGAUCCUAUCCAGGCUGUAAUUGCAGGAGCCUACACGAACCAUUCCGCCGAGGCUGUUUCAAUGACACGUCCUCAUGUCGGUGCUCAGGCUUUUAUCUUUGACAAACUUCUGAAUGAAGCCGAUGUUCAUCCCAAUGACGUGAGCUACAUUGAGAUGCAUGGAACUGGCACCCAAGCUGGUGAUGCGGUUGAGAUGAAGUCAGUGCUUGACACAUUCGCUCCUGAUCAUGGUCGAAAGCCAGAGCAAACCCUCCACCUCGGAUCAGCAAAGUCAAACAUCGGCCAUGGAGAAUCAGCAUCGGGUGUUGCGUCCUUGAUCAAAGUAUUGCUCAUGAUGCGCAAAAGCACGAUUCCUCCGCAUUGUGGAAUCAAAACAAAGAUCAACCAGAAUUUCCCGACAGAUCUCAAGGAACGCAAUGUCCAUAUUGCUUUCAAGCCUACGCCUUGGGUAAAGCCGGAGUCAGGGUUGCGCAGAUGUUUCCUUAAUAACUUUUCUGCAGCCGGAGGAAACACUGCACUCCUUUUAGAAGAUGCACCAAAUCGCCAAAUUGCUACCAUUGCCGAUCCGCGCUCAAUGUUCUCAGUUGCAGUCUCAGCCAGAUGUCAAGCCUCGCUUAAGAACAACAUAAAGAACCUUUCAGAUUGGAUCGAGAAGCACUCUUCUGACAUGAAGGAGGAUGAGUUUUUAGCCAAGCUAUCCUACACUACUACUGCUCGACGUAUCCAUCACCCAUUCCGCAUUAUGGUUUCUGGAACAAAGGUUAGCGAGGUGCAAGAAGCUCUUCGUGCAGCAGCUAGCCGAGAAACCAUUAGCACAGCUCCAUCUGUCGCAUCGGGUGCCGGUUUUGUCUUUACUGGGCAAGGAGCACAAUACACCAACAUGGGGAAGCAGCUCUUUGAGGGAUUCUUGCAGUUCCGUUCUGAUGUUUUACGUUUCAACGGAAUUGCUCAGAGUCAAGGAUUUCCAUCUUUUGUCUCCUUAAUUGAUGGCAGUGUACCUAUUGAAGAAUUCGGCCCGGUGAUCACGCAGCUGGGAACAACUUGUAUGCAGAUGGCCAUAGCGAACCUAUGGAUUUCUUGGGAUGUCCGUCCUACGUUCGUCAUGGGUCACAGCCUUGGAGAGUAUGCUGCUCUCUAUGUCUCUGGAGCAUUGACAGCUUUUGAUGCAAUCUACCUAUGUGGUCGUCGUGCCCAACUUCUGGAAGAGAAGUGCAAGGUUGGAACUCAUGCAAUGCUGGCAGUGAGAUCUGGCUUGAGCGAGAUUACUCCUUUCCUCAAUCCAGGAGUGCACGAAGUCGCUUGCAUUAAUGCUCCUGGUGAGACCGUCAUUAGUGCUACCUCUCAGAAUAUUGAUGCUCUUGCUGAGCAGCUCGUUGCUGCAGGAAUUAAGGCCACCAAAUUGAAAGUGCCCUUUGCCUUCCACUCUUCUCAGGUUGAGCCAAUUCUGGAGGAGCUCACCAAGGUGACCAAGGGAGUCAAGUAUCACAAGCCAUCAAUCCCUCUUGUAUCUCCCCUUCUCGGAGAAGUGAUCAAUGAGAAGAACUAUGAGCAACUCAGUGGAACGUAUCUUAGUCGACAUUGCCGAGAGACUGUCAACUUCCUCGCAGCUAUCGAGGCUUCCCGACAUGCCAAGCUCAUGACGGACAAGACUGUAUGGAUUGAAAUUGGUUCUCACACGGUCUGUUCUGGUAUGAUAAAAUCUACCCUUGGCCCUCAGGCAAACACGGUAGCCUCGCUGCGCAGGAAUGAAGACACAUGGAAGGUGCUUUCCCAGAGUUUGACAUCUUUAUAUAUCGCUGGCAUUGAUAUACAGUGGAAGGAGUAUUAUCAAGACUUCAAAUCAAGCCAUGAGGUACUUCACCUACCAGCCUACAGCUGGGAUAACAAGAAUUAUUGGAUAGAUUACAAGAACGACUUCUGUUUGACAAAGGGUGGCGAUCCAGUCCCUCAGAUUACUAGCCCCGCGCCUUCACACCUCACAAUUUCUGCUCAGAAAAUCGUCAAAAGCAUCGGUGAAGCAAAUAAAGCAACUGUCAUUACCGAGACUGAUAUCUCUGAUCCCCGUUUGUGUCCUGUUAUUCAGGGCCAUAAGGUCAACGGAACUCCUCUCUGCCCCUCUUCAUUAUACGCCGACAUUGCCCAGACUUUGGCAGAAUACUUGAUUGUCAACUUCAAACCCGAGCUCAAAGGAGUUGGUCUUGAUGUCGCUGAUAUGGCCGUUCCAAAGCCCCUAAUCUACAAGAACGCCGGGCCUCAGCUCUUCCGGGCCGCUGCAACUGCUGAUUGGGAUGGCCGACAGGUAUCCAUGCAGAUCUACUCCGUCACUCCUGAAGGCAAGAAGAUGGCAGAUCACGCAAGCUGUAUUGUCAAAUUCUUUGAUGUCGAAGCUGCACAAGAGGAAUGGAAGCGCAAUGCAUAUCUUAUUCACAGAAGUGUUGAUCGGCUCUUCCAAAAUGUUGCUAACGGCGAUAGCAACAAGCUUGGUUGUGGAAUGGUCUACAAGUUGUUUGGGGCACUGGUCGAUUACGACAAGAACUACAAGUCGAUGCGAGAUGUCAUCUUAGACAGCGAUCAAUACGAGGCCACUGCUUUGGUCAAAUUCCAGGCUGAGAAAGCAAACUUCCACCGGAACCCGUUCUGGAUCGAUAGUAUAGGCCAUAUUACCGGGUUCACUAUGAACGCAAACGAUGCAACUGAUUCGGCCAACUUUGUCUACGUCAAUCAUGGCUGGGAUUCGAUGCGUUGUGCUACAAAGUUCUCCGCCGAUGCGACUUACCGCACUUAUGUUAGGAUGCAGCCCUGGCAGGGCACAAUCUAUUCCGGUGAUGUCUAUGUUUUCGAAGAAAAUGAAAUCAUAGCUGUAUACGGAGGGGUAAAGUUCCAAGGAGUACCGCGCAAGAUUCUCAACACUGUCCUUCCUCCACCAGGCGGUACCGCACAGGUAACCAAGCCAGCGACAAAGGGCCCAGUUCCUGUUCCUGUCACCGUGCCAAAGACAAAGCCCAUUGCAAAGGCAGUCAAAUGUAGUGCUCCUAAAACUCCUGCUCCCAGUGUCCUUGUCCAAGCUUUCAAGAUAUUGGCUAGCGAGGUUGGCCUGUCCGAAGCAGAGCUUUCGGACGACCUUGUCUUCUCUGACUAUGGUGUUGACUCGCUUCUCGCCUUGACUAUUACCGGAAAGUUCCGUGAAGAGCUCAACCUCGAUCUUGAAUCCAGUAUCUUCAUGGAUUAUCCAACUGUCAAAGACUUUAAAGGACUUUUGAUGCAGUCUGCAACCCCAGUGGAUAGCAGCGAAUCCUCCUCAGAGUCGUCUGUAUUCGACGAUUCUGGGUUAACGGAACCACCUACUCCCGGAACCCCUGGAGAUUACCCUCCACCUAUGAAGGUUGCUCCAUCUCUAGAAGAAGACAAGACUCUGGCUACCAUCCGCCAAACCCUCAUUGAAGAAAUCGGAGUGUCUGCAGAGGAGUUGACUGGGGAAGCAAACCUCAGUGAGAUGGGUAUGGAUUCUUUGCUAUCUUUGACUGUACUCGGAAGAUUACGUGAAGCUCUCGGUCUGGAUUUGCCAUCCGAGUUCUUCAUUGAGAACCCAACAAUGGGCCAGGUUGGAGAAGCUCUUGAUUUGAAGCCAAAAGCUCCCAUACGGCAGCCCAAGUCAGCUAUGUUGUCUACGUCAGCGCCAUUACUUCAACCAGAGGAUUUGUCUUCCAAACUUCAACACCCUCCAGCCACAUCUAUUCUUUUACAAGGAAAUCCCAAGACGGCCAAACAUACACUGUUCCUCUUCCCUGACGGCUCUGGCUCGUCAACUUCCUAUGCAACACUCCCCAAAAUAUCUGCAGAUGUCUGCGUUUAUGGAUUGAACUGUCCUUAUAUGAAGACUCCAGAGAAGCUCAACUGUGCCCUUCAAGAUCUCACUGCCUCAUACGUGGCCGAGAUGCGCCGUCGUCAACCGAAGGGGCCCUAUAACGUAGGUGGAUGGUCAGCCGGAGGAAUCAGCGCUUACGAUGCAGUCCGUCAGCUUGUUAUCGAGCAAGGUGAAACAGUUGAGAGAAUCUUCUUCCUUGACUCUCCAUUCCCAAUUGGUCUCGAGAAAUUGCCUCCUAGGCUGUAUAAAUUCUUUGACGACAUGAAGAUCUUCGGUGACGGAAAGGCACCUCCACCAAAAUGGCUUCUACCACAUUUCCUCGCUUUCAUCGAUGCGCUAGACAUGUACGAGGCAGUUCCUUUCCCAAGCAACGAUCCCAAGUAUGAGAGUCGCCUACCAAAGGCAUAUCUCGUCUGGGCCAAGGAUGGUGUCUGCGGCAAGCCUAGUGAUCCUCGCCCUGCACCAUCUGAGGAUGGCAGCCACGAUCCUAGGGAAAUGCUUUGGCUUCUCAAUGAUCGUACCGACUUCGGUCCGAAUGGCUGGGACACGCUGGUCGGUAAACACAAAGUCGCUUCAAUCGAGGCCUUGCAUGAAGCAAAUCAUUUCACAAUGAUGGACGGUAGUAAAGCCGGUGGAUUGUCUAGCUUUAUCAAGAAUGCUUUCUAA